AUGAAGAAGGAAUAAGAUGAUUAGGAAAGAUAGCCAAUACUUAUUGAGAAGGACAAUCAAUAUUUCGAUUGGGAGUCGUUCAAGAAAUAAUACUAUCAAUAAGAGAAUGUGUUACAGACUACUUUGAAAUCAUUAAAUGAAUUGCAUAGUGAAAUUUCAAGAAAAUUAAUUUAAUUAGAUAAAUCAGAUCCAAUUUGCGAAGAAGAUGAAUAAGAGAAUCGAAAAUAAUUUCAAUCUAUAGAUGUUAGAAAGUAUUAAGAUUAAUUCGAUGAUCUAAAUUUGACAAUGAGUACAAUGUCUCGGAUGCUUAAUCAAUAUGCAAUCAGUCCAGAAGAAGUCUAAGCCAAGUUGAAGAAUAACAUGCUAAGAAGAUUCAAAGAAAUUCACUAAGAACACGAGAAAGAAGUUUUAAAAUUGAAAUAAGCAAUCAAAACAAACACUUAAAAAUAUGAGCUAUUCAAGGAAGCAAUCAAAAACCAAAGUACAACAGGGAAUUAAAAAUAUAAAAGAGAUUAUCAACUUAAUGAUUUUCUAUCGAGAGGAGUGAAUCAAGCAUCUCAUGUCCUCGAUAUGGCCUCAACAAUUCAUUCAAGUCUAGAAGAUCAAGGUUACAGGGUAUCCUCAAUCCAGAAUAAAGUCACUGAUUACAUGGGUACGUAAUCUUUCUAUGCAUAGGCUAAUUUGAAGGAAUCAACUCAUUGA